AUGCCGGACCGGUUGAUGUUGUUACUCUGCUGCUCCACUGUGGGAGUUUAGCUCUAUUUGAUUUACUUAAUUUAUUAACAUAGCACCUCUUUUCAUGGCUGUCAUGUUUCCCAUCGGUGCAGUGGACGUCACACAGCUCGGCUAAUCACGAAGGUGUUUUGGAGGCUUAAUGCUGUCCCUUCCUGCCCUGCCCUGUGCCAAGUGUCAGCAUGGAUGAAGAAACCCUUGAGGCGGCCAUCAGUACCUAUGGUGCCCAGUUGCAGCAGGUGGAGACAGCCCUGUCAGCUGGCCUGGACCCUUCCCAGCAGUCAGACCUGCUCCAACUGAAAGAGGACCUUUGUCAGCUGAUAGAGCUCACAGAGUCCAGCCUGGUGUCUGUCAAAAAGAGUAAUCUCUUGGCCAGCCUCGAGGACAGUCUAGGACUACAGGCGAGCACCUCAGAGGCAGCAGCUGCUGACACAAACGGUGAAAACGGCAGUCUGGACGGUGAGUUUGCUGCUUUCUACUCGACACUCGGGGAUUCGUCAGGUAGUAGCUCUGACACAAGAGAGAGGGACAAUGGGGAGGAAGGUGGGGAAGAGUAUGGUGGCGAUGAAGAGGAAGAGGAGGAAGAAGAAGAAGAAGAUGCACUCAGUGGUACCAAAGUAAGAGCACCCUACCGGACAACAUGGGGGACACUGGAGUAUCACAAUGCCAUGGUGGUGGGAGCAGAACCGUCAGACGGAGAAGAGGCACAAGUAAGAGUGUUCUACGUCUACCCCACCCAGAAGUCUAUGAAACCCUGUCCAUUCUACCUGGAGGAUAAAUGUCGCUUCCUGGAUAGUUGCAGGUUUUCUCACGGUGAAGUGGUGUAUGUGUCGGAACUCAGAGAGUUCCUCGAGUUUGACCUCAGUAAUCUUGAAGAAGGCUCGUCCUGCUUGGCUCGACACGAGGACGGCAUCUGGUACCCGGCCAAAAUCAAAGAAAUUGAUGGCGGUUUCUACACGGUGAAGUUUGACUCAGUGCUGCUGAGAGAUGUUGUGGUCGAGGCCGACAGCAUUAUCCCGCCUUUGAGAGAAGACGACCCGCUCUCCUCUGACUCCGACCUGGACGACGCUGGAUAUGGAGAUGAUGUGGCUUUCGCAAAAGUUAUGGACUCAGAAAUGAUAAGCAGCGCAAAUUUUGGUGGCUGGGAGGCACAUACCAGAGGCAUCGGAUCCAAGCUAAUGCUGAAAAUGGGCUACGAAUAUGGGAAAGGCUUAGGAAAGACACAGGAGGGUCGAGUAGAGCCAGUCAUGGCCGUGGUCCUACCCAAAGGUAAGUCUCUGGACCAGUGUGCCGAGCUCACCCCGAGACGCACCCGGAGCAAGGGCGCCAAAGACGGCGCACAAACAGGCCGCCCGAAGAGACGCAGAAAGCCCCGGAUCGCCACCGGAGGGCGCAAAAACGUUUUUGACUUUCUCAACCACAAGCUGGGAGGCAAGAGCACCGAUCCUGCCGUGGGGGGUGCUGCUGCUGCUGCGCCAUCAGCAGCGACAGGGGUGGAGGCUUACAGGGGAGGGAAAAGCACCAAGAGGACUCUGAAUGUGAAGGUGUUCCAGGCUGCUGAGAGGGUGUCCCAGACUGAGAGGGAGAUCCAGAAACUGACUGAGUCACUGAGCAGACAGACGGGCAGGGACGCCGCCAUAGUGAAGCAGCUGGAAGAGAAGCUGUCAGCGGCCCGCCGGCUGCUGGCCCAACAGAAAGCCCAGGAGCUGUCCAUCCAGCGAGAACACAGGAAGGCUGACACACACAAGAAGAUGACUGAGUUUUAAGAUCAGUUCCCUCCAAGACUCGAAGGAUAAAGGGAAGCACUGCCUGCCUGGAAUGAACUUUUGUCCCUUGCCUGUUGUCAGUUAUUUGCUACACUGUUUUUUUUUUUUUUAAAGACAUUUUUUAGCAUUAUCUCUCACUGGCAUCAUGGAUUUGAGCUGGCGGUGAUGCCCGUUUUAUGCAGAAUGCAGCAUUUGCUGAAGAUCAAUUCUGUUUCUCAUUUUAUUUUCGAGGACCUAGCUGUUUAUUUUGUGUGAACAGUUGUUUGGUUUCAAAUUGUACCGUUCACAAUAACUAAAUUUGAUUUGUGAUGA